UUGAGAUGGUGGACGGUUGUCACACAUCAGCCUCUCUGGGAUUAUGACCAUACAACAGAAGUAGGACAAACUUUACCUUCUUUCAUCUCAUCCCACUCUGAAGACUCCUCUUCCUCCAAAGGGAAUACACUUCUUUUCUGGAGCAGGUGUCAGAAAACCACAAAUGGGUUACAGUUUUAUUUUUCCUCCCUUUGCCAAACAGGCAUGAAGGUUGUGGGUAUUUUAUCCUAUAGUUGGGUAUUUGAGCAGAGAGCGAUGGGCUUUUGAGAGCAUCUAUGAUAUUCUCUGAAGUGCGGAGUGGAGCUCUUGCAGUUUGUCCUAGAAUAAAGCAGCGGAAGUCUAUUGUGGGAAAGGGCUGUGAUUUCUAAAGGUGCGUCUCUGGGGCCCUGCAUGGAGCUGAGAGGUGUCGGAGCAGGCACACAGAGGUUUCACUGGUUUCCAUCUGAGCUGCAAUGGCCAAGUGGUUCAAGGAGUUUCCAAUCAACCUGAAAAAUGGUGCCGACAGGAUCCGCUCAGCCUCCGAGUCACAACCGAGAGCCGGUAAGGGCGGCCUGGUCGCCGGCAUAGGCACCAAAACGUCCGGCUCCAAAACGAGCCAGCGCAAGAACUCCUCCUCUGACAGCACCGGCGGGGGAGUUGGGUCUCUCUUGACCGGGAGGAACCGGAAAAACUCGGCGGUGGAGCUGGGCCGAACCGGUGGGAGCUCCCCGAGUAAAGAUGGGAAAGUGUGGGACAACCUGUUGUCCGGGAAGAGCUGGAAAAACUCCAAAGCAGAGCCGGUGUUUGAGGAGCAGCACCGGGGCCCGAAGAGCUCCCCCCCAGCCAAUGCCUCCUACAUCAGCCGGCUGAUCCGCCUGGACAAACAGGACAAGAGCCCCAACUUCAACAGCGGUACCAUCAGCAACACAGUGGGAAGUGAGGCAGAGAAACCAGCCCAGAGCAAAGCAGAACCACAGGUGAUAAUUCUUGAGGACUACGCCGAUCCAUUUGACGCUCAGAAGACCAGAGAGCAGAGAGAGGCAGAGCGUGUUGGGGAGAACGAUGGAUACAUGGAGCCUUAUGAUGCCCAGCAGAUGAUCACUGAGAUCAGACGUCGGGGCUCCAAGGACCUGCUGAAGGUCUGCGUGCUGAGUGAGGGGAUAGCAGAGGAGGGCCAGACCGCGCCCCUUCAGAUCUAUGACGUCCCGUACGAGGGGGGAGCUGAUAGUGACAAGCCGGUGGUCACACGGCCGGAGCUGGAUCCUCGUCCCUCCACCGAGUACGAGCUGCCGUGGGAGUGGAAGAAGGAUCAUAUCGUCAGAACGCUGUCCGCACAGUUUGACAGCCCUGAGCGCCCGGCCAAAGAUGAGACGCCUCACCCGACGCUCACCAGGCAGCCGCAGCAUCCGCCCACCCAGCCGCUGGCUCAGCAUCAGCAUCUGAGGCAGAAAAGCUGGACCCAGAAGAUCCUGCGAUCGUCGCCGCCGACCCUGACGCCGUCCUCCACGCCGGGCAGCGGCCCUGACGCCGAGGUCUGCCGGUUGGACCCCUCACUGCCCCUGGAAAAACAGAGCUGGUACCAUGGCUGCGUGACCCGCCAGGAGGCCGAGUCUCAGCUGCAGUCCUGCAAAGAGGCCAGCUUCCUGGUCAGGAACAGCGAGUCGGACAACAGCAAGUACUCCAUCGCCCUCAAGACGAGCCAGGGCUGCGUUCACAUCAUGGUUGCUCAGACCAAAGAGAGCGGCUACACCCUGGACCAGAGCAGCUGUGUGUUCCCCAGCAUCCCGGAGGUGGUGCACCAUUACUGCACUCAGCGUCUGCCUUUCAACGGGGCCGAGCACAUGACCCUGCUGCACCCUGUGCCUCGCGUCCACUGAGGACUCCACCUUAGCUCCACGUUAGCUAUACAAAAAUAAAAACACACCUCUGGGCCUGCGCGGACGCAACGUCUCCUGACAUCAGUCACAGUGAAGCUCCACGUGUACUUCUGUUGCCAUGUCCCUUUCCUACACGUCCCUCUGUGUGACCCGACUGUAUCACCAGACUUUACGUGUGUUUUUUAUUGAACUAGGUGAUUUUGAACACAUAUUUGCAGCUCCGCCUUAGUCUUGAAUCUCUGGACGUCUUCACCUCUCUUUGUUUUACUCUGAUGCAUAACACACAGGCUGAUGUUUUGCAUGUGAAGGCUCAGCGGAGACCAGGAGGCACUUUUAUUGAUUAAAUGUGACUUGAAGUUGUUUUUGAAAGUGACUCGUACACAGCUGCAUUGUUUUAAUCCUUAUUAAAAGAUACAUAUGCUAAUUUCUUCAAAUUAAAAUGUAUUAUGAUGGAGGAAGUGCUUCAGACUUAGAAAACUGUGUUGUGUCUCUCUGCCUCUCUCUGGUGGAUGUGCUGGAACACUACACCGGCUUCAUCAGCACAAUGUGUCUUUUCUUCCCAGUUGGUAAAUACCAUGCACACGUAUCAUGCGUAUCUUUCCACUUAUCAAGAUGUAGACAAACGCCAGCUACUUGAUCUUAGUAUGUGCAGCAGAUUUCAAAUUCACGCUCCUUAUACUUGUUAGUUUUCUGCAACCGCUGCCCCCUGAGGUUUUCCUCCGUCUUACUGUGAAUGAGGGAGUUGCUUCUACUCUAAACUGUGAAGAGUGAGUGAUUCACCCUGAUGUAAUGUGCAGGAAGGAAAAAAUGCACUGCAAGAUAGUUGGAGCUUUUCAAGACAAGGACUGUGGCUGUGUUUCAUUUGAGAUUUUUGGAUAAAUAACAACGCAAAUGCCAGUGGAACAAAUGACGAGAUACACAGUGAUAAGUGAAUGUCAAACUUCUGUAAGAUAUAUAGACAAGAAAUUAAGAGAUAUUGAAAUAAUGGAAACAAGAUUUUUUUUAUUCUGUAUCAGGCCCCUGUUAUUUCUCGCCCUAAAAGGGAAAUGAAGCCAAACAGCAAAAAAUUUGUGAACGUAUUAUAUUCCCUGUCUUCUUUUUCUUUGUGUUUUAUAAAUAUAACGCAAACACC